AUGGAUAGAACUUAUAAUACAAAUAAUGUUUGGACAACAACUAAUGGUUUUACGAUACAAAAUCGCCGACCAAAUACACCGGGCAAUUUGAGCAUUCAAUCCACGGUUUCUGGUCGAAAUUCAACAAGAGGACAUAGUGCCGCCAGCGCAGACCAUGUCAAUCAAAAUAAUAAUGGCGCGAAAUCACCACCUGCACUGCAUCACUAUCCAAACAAUAAUUUAAUAGGGGUGGAAUCCAGAUUUCGCCGAAAAUACUACAACAAGACUUUAUUUAUUUUGCUCAUAGUGUUGAUAAUCUUAUUGAUAAUAGCUAUCAUAGUUUUAAGUGUUUUAUUGAGUAAAAAUUCUAUUAGUACAAUUUGUCGCUCCAACGAAUGUCUGCGGACAGCGUCAAGCUUAAUCUACUCAAUGGACGAAGAGACUGAUCCCUGUGAGGACUUUUAUCAAUUUACCUGUGGACGCUGGUCCGAUGAGCAUCCACGACCCGAUUCCGUAACAUCAAACGAUUGGUUUCGUGAACGGCAGGCACGCAUAAUGCGACAAUUACGUCAGUUUUUAAGACAAAACGUAAGCGAUACUGAACCUGAGGCAGUGGCCAAGGCGAAAUCAAUGUAUAAAGCCUGCAUGGAUACUCAGAAACUGGAGGAAAGAGGAAUGGAACCGUUAGUGCACUUUCUAAAUGAAUUUAAAUUACCUUUAAUACCUAGUGGCCUUAAUAUAACUUUAAGUCCCGACAGCGCUAAGAAAUACAAUCAAAGUGGAAAGUUCAAUUGGCUACAGUCAAUGGUGUUUAUAAAGAAAUUUUUAUCUAUGGAUUUAAUAAUCGGUUUUGAUAUAUUUGCUGAUCCAUUGAAUCGUACAAUUAAUCGUAUUGCCUUGGGAACACCGGAAACUGACUCAGCACUGCCGUUCAACAAUGAUGAUGUUCACAAAAUUUUAUACAAAGUCCGGAAAAAAUUCAUUCUGGACGAUGAUGAUGACGACGAUGAAAACGAUAUCGAGGGUCGUGAGGAGGAAGAGGAGGAGGCUGCUAAACAAACUUCUAGUGGCUUGAAAGCAUAUGUAUCGUAUGUUAAGAAAGUUGUGGAAAUUUAUAUUCUAUAUUUGGAUCCGGAUGCUAAUCCAGAGGAUACAGAAGAUAAUGUUGCUGAGAUGACCAUGAAUGCUGUUAAGGUGGCCAGACAAAUUUAUAAGCUCAAAAGUGCCGCUGAAAAUGCCACAAAAUCUUCUAAAAAUCCCAUUGAUGACAUAGUUUACCUAUCAGUGAAGGACUUGCAAAAUCAAACCGACAAAUUGAUUUCACCCAAAACUCUGCCCAUUUGGGAGGACUAUUUGCAAUUAAUGAUGGCUAGUACGGUGAAUAUUAAGAACAACAAUGGCGGAAAAUUUAAUACAACCGAUUUACAAAUAAUCACCAGCGAUGCGGACAUUUUCUAUUUACAAACCAUUACGGAAUAUUUGCUCCAGGUUCCGCCGUCACAUCUUGAGUUCUAUUUAUGGCUUAGUGCAGUGGAAGAGUUAAUCCUUCAUACCACUAGUGAAAUGCGUCUGCUACAUGCCGAAUAUAUGCGUCUGGUCAUUGGCACCGAAGGCAGCUCACCACGGUCACUGUAUUGUGCCCAUGGCAUUAACAGUCUCAUGGGCAUGGCACUGUCCUAUGCAUUGGCAGACGACGACUUCACUCGCCACAAAUUGCCAAACGUCCAACGUAUGCUGCACGAUAUACGACGUUCGUUUAACAAUUUGGUGCGCUCCACCACGUGGAUGGAUGAGCCAACGAAAUACGAGACUUUGCAAAAGUCUGCGGAAAUGAAAAGUUUCAUUGGCUAUCCCGAAUGGAUUACCAAUGCCACCGCUCUAGACGAUUACUACGAGGGCGUAAAGAUCAACACAUCAACACAUCUGGAGAAUAUGGUUGGUGUGCUGUUGUGGCAAACGCAAAUGAAAUUAAAUGAUCUCAAUGUGCCCGAACCUUUUGGUUGGGCCACCUCGCCCAGCAAUGUCAAUGCGUUUCAUACAUUUCAGGCGAACGCCAUAACCAUACCAAUUGCCAUUUUGCAAUAUCCCUUCUAUGAUCUGGGUUUGGAAGCUCUCAACUAUGGCUCAAUUGGUACUAUACUGGGCCAUGAACUGACUCAUGGAUUCGAUGACAAUGGACGCAUGUUCGAUAAAAAUGGCAACAUGGUACAGUGGUGGUCCAAUGAAACAAUAAAUGAAUAUAUCAAUCGUACAGAAUGUUUUAUUGAACAAUACAGUCAUUAUUAUUUGCCAGAUAUCGAGGAAUAUAUCGAUGGUGAAUUAACUUUGGGCGAAAAUAUUGCCGAUAAUGGUGGCAUGCGUGAAGCCUUCUAUGCCUAUCGCUUGUUUGUCAAAGAAAAUGGUCGAGAGAAAACGAAACUGCCUGGCCUGGAACACUUUACUCAUGAACAGUUAUUCUUUAUAUCGUUUGGUAAUCUAUGGUGUGAAACCUAUACUCCUACAGCCUCACGUUAUGCCGUGGAGGAUUCUCAUUGUCCCGGGAAAAUUCGUCUCAAAGGGGUACUAUCGAAUUCAGAUGAAUUUGCCAAAACCUUUAAUUGUCCUAGAGGUUCGGGUAUGAAUCCAACUGAGCCGAAGUGUCGCAUUUGGUAA